UCUCUCCUGUUCAGCCUUCUGUCCCUGGUGAGACACCCGUGCAGCCCACUGGCGUCUCUCCUGUUCAGCCUUCCGUCCCUGGCGAGACUCCUGUCCAGCCCACCGGCGUCUCUCCUGUCCAGCCCACUGCUCCCGGCGAGACCCCGGUCGCGCCCACUGGUGUCUCCCCAGUCCAGCCCACUCAGCCACCUCUCACUGGUGCUGCUCGGGCCGUCAAGCCCACUGUCGGUCUCUUGGCUGCAGUCAUGGGUGUGAUGAUCCUGCUCUAA